UUUCAUCACUGGUCCAGCCGUAGUCCCGGGAUACUUUUCAGUAGAAGCUGCUAAUGUGGUUCUAGUUCUGAAUGGAAGAGAGGAAGCAAAGAUCACUUAUGCCACUCAGUGGUUGCAUUAUGCACAAACUUUAAAACAAACUCGCAAGCUGAGGCAUGUUGCCAUUGUGCUGCUUGGAAGUGAACAGUGUAACAAUGAAUGGAUUCACCCAUACCUGAAAAGACACGGAGGAUUUGUGGAACUACUUUUUGUAGUAUACGACUGUACCUGGGUAAACGAAGAAGAUAUUUUCCAGUGGCCUUUAGGAGUAGCUACAUAUAGGAAUUUCCCCAUCGUAGAGCCCAACUGGUCAAUGCUACGUUCUCCAAGAUCAUAUCUAUGUAAUUUUUUAGGAACGGUGUAUAAGAAUUCAUCCAGGGAGAACCUAAUGGAAGUUUUGAAACAAGACGGGCUUGAUAAACUCUGUUGGAUUGCAGCCAGAGAACAGUGGCAGCCUCAAGAAACAAAUGAAAGUUUUAGAAUCUAUCAAGAUGCAUUGCUGCAGAGUGAUCUCACAUUGUGCCCAGUGGGAGUAAAUACAGAAUGCUAUAGAAUUUAUGAAGCUUGUUCAUAUGGCUCUGUUCCUGUUGUAGAAGAUGUAAUGACACCAGGCAACUGUGGAAAUUCAUCUAUAUACCACAGUGCUCCACUGCAAUUACUAAAGACCAUGGGGGCUCCAUUUAUCUUUAUUAAAAACUGGGAAGAACUUCCUGCUGUUUUAGAAAAAGAGAAAAAUAUGAGCUUACAAGAAAAGAUUCAAAGGAGAAAAAAGCUUAUAGAAUGGUACCGGUACUUCAAAGCACAAAUGAAACAUAAAUUUAUUAAUAUCUUGGAAAAUUCAUUUUUACCAAAUUAUAAAGGAGGUUAAUUGCCCCCUUUGAAAAUCAAAAAUAGAUCAAAAGUUUAAUUUUCACUGACCUUCAAGUAAGCUUUUAUAUAAAAAUAAAAAAUAAAUGAACCACUUCCAGUGCAGGUGCAAUUUCUUUGAAGUCAGUAGAGUUGCACCCGCUUACCUAGGGCUGAUUUUCACCCUUCUUUCCUAAACUACUUUCAGAGAGGAUGCAGUCUUACAGGAUAGUAGUCUGGAUGGAUGACAUCAACUUUAUUAUUAUUUUUUGCAAUGACCAUCUCUCAUUCUUAGCAAGUCAGUACUUCUGUGUUUUAAUCUAGAUAUGGAAGCAUUUCAGCAAAUACAUCACCCAAAGAUAAAUGUUUCACAAAAAGCAUAAUAAGUGGUGGUUCCACUACACUGAUAUUUAUACCUUAAGCAUUCUUUCCUGAAAGUCUCCUGCUAUCAUUUUCCUUAUUUUAAAAUAUAAUUUUAUUAUAGUUUUCGUUAACUGAGGAAAAAGAGAACUAUGGUCAAGCAGGCCUUGAAUGACAGAACUUUUAACAAUAUCAAAAUAAAGUCUUUAAACUAUUGCAGAUAAUGAGAGCUCUUCCCCCCCUCCUCCCAUUUUUGGCAGGUACAAAAUGAAGCCAUUUAAUAAUUUGGGCUCCUCCCAUUUGUCUAGUGUCUUAGGGGGAGAUGUUAUGUAUUGAAAAAUUUCAUUUCUGUGAAGUUAUUAAGAGAACUUUCCUCUCCAAAACUGGCCAUUGAUAGAUGGAAUAUUCCCUGCUACCCCACUCAUCCUCACCACUGCCCACUUCUUUGACUAGCUUGCUACCAUAUACUAAAAGUAUCUUCGACCAUCCUGGAAUAAAUGGUCAUUAAAUCUUUUUUCAUCCAAAACACUUCUGUAAAGGAACGUCCUCAUAUUUUAAAUAUGUGUCUAAACUCCUUACCCAUCCCUGUCCCACCAAAAAGUAACAGUUUACCUUUUAUUGAAAGUUUUUUCCUUUAAUGUUUUGGUGAUUGUGCAUGAUGUUGUCAGAGUAUGAAUACAGUGUGUAAAGAUGCAUUUGGGCAACGUUUUCAACAAAAACAGAGACCCACUUGUUCAGAUAAAGUUAUAAACACAAUUGUGCUUCUGUCGUAUAGCUUUGAGGCCAAGAGUUUAGAAAGAUUCAAAAAGGGAUUGGGAGUAAAAAUGUUCAAAUGUGCCAGCAUGAUCUAAGAACUUGCUUCCCUUAUCCUUGCUCUUUCGUCUGAAGCAUCUGGUUCUAACCACUGUCAGAGACAGAUCACCGGACUUAGUGGACACCAGUCUUCUCUAGUGAGGCAAUUCUUGCAUUUCUGCAUUUGUUUGUGAUUGCACCUACACGUGGCCAUUUAAGAUUUUGUUUUUAAUUUGGUUCUCCUACUGUAGAGAGGGUUGCACUCUCUGCUCGUCAGAUUCUCCACAUGUGUGGGUGAGACAGUGUGCAGUGUCUCUUACUCUCAUCUUUUCCGCUGUGCAAGGAUCUGCAGAGCUUCCUCCACAAAGUCUUGGCACAGGAGAUGGCAGGAUGGUGAAGGGGUGGCACAUUUUCUACUGUGUGACCCUGGGUAGAUCCAGGAAUGUAGGGUUUCUCUUCCAGGUGCAGAUCUAUGGAUCGCUAUCUGCUCCAAUAAAAACGGACAAAAUUAAUUCAUCCUUAUAGUAUGUCAUUUGUCUGUCCAAUGAAACUGCUGAAGACUUGAAGCUUCAUAACAUUGUAACUUAAUCUUUCCAUAAAAAAUGGAAAAGUUUAAUUGAGGAAGAAGAGAGCAUACUAGAUUUCCAAAGGAAAAGUAGUAGAUGGUGGUUAUUAGCUAUCAAAGAAUAUUUUUAAAUAAAAAAGAUUGUGUGUGUAGCUUCUUUUAUCCAACAUCGUAGCACUAUCAAAGGAUAACAGGAACUGGAAGUUAUACGGUGCAGAAUAACUUGAUUGUGAAGAGAUGUAAAUAAUCUAUGACCAUUGUAAAAUAACCAGGCUUCGGUUAUUGGUGAUUAAGAUGGUAGAUGUGUAUUUUGAAAAUGCAAACUUUCACUUGAUUGCUAUGUUUGUUAUCAAGGAAACUGCUCUAAAGCUAAUUAAACAUGUAUUGUA